AUGGCGUGCAAAGGGCUCCCCCUGGUGGUGGUUCUGGCUGUACUGUUUUGCCUCGGAGUGAAGCUGGAAGUUUGGGGAGACCAGCUUAAACCGGGACGCGCUCCACUCAUCCCGCACAGACCUUUUGUCGUGGUCUGGAACGCCCCGACCGAAUUCUGCCGCCUACGAUUCAAAGUGGACUUGGAUUUGAGCGUUUUCGACAUCGUUGCGAAUCUCAACGAAACUCUGAGCGGUCCGAACGUGACUAUCUUUUACCACCGCCAUCUCGGAUACUACCCAUUCUACUCCAACUCAGGAAUACCCAUCAAUGGCGGCCUUCCCCAAAAUCAAAGCCUCACCAAACACCUCAGCAAAGCAAGAGUUGAUAUCGAUAAAACCAUCCCGCAGAAGGAUUUCAGAGGACUUGGUGUCAUCGAUUGGGAAAACUGGCGACCGCAAUGGGUACGCAACUGGGGUGCAAAAGACAUAUACAGGAACAAGUCCAAGGAACAGAUCCGGAAAAUGCAUCCAAACUGGCCAGAGAGCAAAGUGGAAAAGGAGGCGAAAGAGAGUUUUGAGAAAGCAGGGCAAGCGUUCAUGAACUUGACAUUGGCGUUGGCAGAAAGUCGAAGACCGGAAGGACUCUGGGGGUUUUACUUAUUCCCGGAUUGCUAUAACUACGGAUACAAACAGCAUCCGCAAAGAUACACGGGAGAGUGUCCGAACGUGGAGCAUGUGAGAAAUGACCAUCUGAUGUGGCUGUGGAAGGAGAGUACGGCCUUGUACCCCUCCAUAUAUUUGGACUAUGAACUCCGGUCUUCGUCCAAUACCGUGAAGUUUGUGCACUACAGAGUUAAAGAGGCCAUGAGGAUCGCUUCAAUCGCCCGAACCGACCACUCUCUGCCGGUUUUUGUCUACUCCAGACCUUUCUACGCGUAUACCUUCACAGUGCUUUCGCAAAGUGACUUAAUCCACACCAUUGGGGAGAGUGCUGCUUUGGGUGCGGCGGGUGCAGUCUUGUGGGGAUCAUCUGAAUACGCCCGGUCACAGAAAAACUGUCUGACGGUCAAACACUACAUCGACGGACCCCUCGGCCACUACGUCAUCAACGUCACCUCCGCGGCCAAACUGUGCAGCAAGGCUCUGUGCAAGAAGAACGGCCGCUGCGUACGCAAAAGUCUGGACACGCCCUCCUACCUGCACCUGAACCCUCGCUUCUUCCGGAUCUACCGCAACCCCUCGCCAACAAGGGGCCCGCUCUUCACCGUCAGGGGCCACCUCGACCACCGUGACAUCCUGGACAUGAAGCAUAAGUUUAGCUGUCAGUGCUACCAGGGUUGGACCGGCGUUUACUGUGAGGUCCCCCAAAACCCCGUCCCGAUCCAGCCUGAAGCUCCACGCCACAGGGAGCGAGGCCUGCUGGGAGAUUUACUGCUGCUGUUACAACGCUACGCCACACCCUGUCUGAAGACUCUGCACUUUACAUGA